CUCCAGUGUUAUUUAUUACAAAAUUAGUAGGCCUUCGGUGGCAACAACAACAUAAGUUUGGUCCUUCACCCGAUGAAACAGCAAAAAACACGAUUUAUGGUUCACACAAGGCACGAGGUCAAAUCUAAAUCUAAUGGUUUUCUCAAAGAAGAGGACACAUUGAAAAUUAUGAAAAUUGAAAAUGUACUUUCACAUAAUAAAGACCAAAGUCUGAGUCGACCUACUGAAGAAAAAACAUUAAAAUGUGAAAUUUGUUUUAAGCAAUUUAGUCGAGCAGAUUCUUUAAAACGCCAUUUGAGAACUCAUAGUGGAGAAAAACCGUACAAGUGUGACAUUUGUUUAAAACGGUUUACUACCCCAAGUGAUUUGAGAAUCCACUUGAGACUGCACACUGGAGAAAAACCUCACAAGUGUGAAAUUUGUUUUAACCAGUUUAUUACAGCAAGAAAUUUGAAGGUUCAUUUGAGAGUGCAUACUGGAGAAAAGCCUUAUAAGUGUGAAGUUUGUUUUAAGCUGUUUACUACAGGAAGUCAUUUGAAAAGACAUUUGAGAGUGCACACUGGAGAAAAGCCUUACAAGUGUGAAAUGUGUUCUAAGCAAUUUAGUCAAGUAGGUGUUUUGAAAAAGCAUUUGAGAGUGCACACUGGAGAAAAACCAUACAAGUGUAAAAUUUGUUUUAAGCUAUUUUCCCAGGUAAGUAAUUUGGAAAAACACAUACGAGUGCACACUGGGGAAAAACAUCACAAGUGUGAAAUUUGUUUUAAGCAGUUUAGUCAAGAAGAUGUUUUGAAAAAUCAUUUGAGAAUUCAUACUGGAGAAAAACCGUACAACUGUGAAAUUUGUUUAAAACAGUGUAUUACUGCAAGUACUUUGAAAAGCCACUUGAGAGUGCACACAGGAGAAAGGCCUUACAAGUGUGAAAUUUGUUUUAAACAGUUUAGUCAUUCAAAUCGUUUGAAAAGCCACAUAAGACUGCACACUGGAGAAAAGCCUUACAAGUGUGAAACAUGUUAUAAGCCGUUUAGUAGAGCAGAUGAUUUGAAAAAACAUUUGAGAGUUCACACUGGUGAAAAACCUUACAAGUGUGAAAUUUGUUUAAAGGAGUUUGCUAGAAAAAGUGAUUUUACUCAACAUAUGAGAGUUCACACUGGAGAAAAACCUUACAUGUGUGAAAUUUGUUGUAAGCAGUUCUCUCAACUAGGUAAUAUUAAACGACAUAUGCGAUCGCAUGCUGGAGGAAAACCUUACAAGUGUAAAAUUUGUUUCAAGCAUUUUGCUCAUGCAUGUUCUUUGAAAAAUCAUAUGAGAGUGCACACUGAAGAAAGGGCAUUUUAGGGGAGGUACUGGAUAGGCAAAAAAUAAAGUACUCAAAAUGCCUAAACCUCUUAACCUUUUUAACCCUUAACCGGAGACAUACUGUAGCUAUUGUGCUAAACUACAAUGGCAUCACCAGGAUGAUCCUAAGGGGGGUUACAACUAUUGGAGGGUCGCCGGGGGUAUGGAAUAGUAAUGGUGUUAAGCUUAUAGAGCUCAAAGUAUGGGGGGGGGGGUUACAACCCUCAAAACCCCCCUGGUUACGACACUGCUAAAAUAUAUCUCUCUCUUGUCGUUUCCCCAUUACUGAGGGUCGUGAUUUCUUCCAAUAUUCCUAACAACUUUUUUCCAUUGGGCUCUAUCUUCAGCUGCUCUAAGAGUUUUCAGCUGAAUUUUUAAUUUGGUCGGGUCGGACCAUCUAGUUGGUGAUCGUCCUCUUGAUCUUCUCCCAUAAACGUUUCCAGAAACAAUCUCUCCAAACUAUCGUCACCUCUGCGACAGCCUUUUUUUAAUCUCCAGUAGGUUUAGGGACAUCUUGGAUAUUAGUGCACCCUAAUGUGUCUGUGUAGAUUUUGGCAUUGGAUCCGACCAUCACUUGUAACACCGUUGCCGUAUCCUCUAUUUUUUCAUACUAUCACGUUACAAUUUUUUGUGAUAUUAUACACGAGCGGGACACCCUCAAAAAAGCGCUUAGUUUUCGAGAUACUGACCACGGAGGGGUGAAUGGCUAAUUUUAUUUAUACUUUAUAUUUUCGAGGGUGCUGAAAACGAAAAUGAGGUUUAUUUUCAAUUUUAUGUGGGGGAACAUUGUCAAAAUCACAAUUUUAACCUAAAAAUAAUAAAAAAAUGAAAUCACGUUUUUUGCGUUUACCUCGCUACAACUCUGUUCCAUUUUAAUAUUUUUUUCUGAAAUUUUUACAGUAAAGUUUAAAAUUUAGCUUCUUAAUCACGUUUAUUUGAAAGUAGAGAGUACAAAGAAGUUUUCUGGUAAGUUUUAGAUCAAAAUGUUUUAUAGAAAAAAAAAUAGUGCAACUUUUAAUGUCGACAUUAGAAAUCCCCAAUAUAACGCUUAUUUUUUUAGGGACAGACAAUGUAGGUCUAAUUUCUCACCUUUAGUACUAUCCCUGGAUUAUAAGCUUUCAUUUGACACCUCAUUUGUCAUUCUACCUAGUAUAAUGUACAUUUAACAUUGAUUGAAAUUAUGAAAGAAAUGGCAUGGCAACACUGUGAUGCACAAAUGUAAGAUUCAGCUGUGCGUUACAUAGGGUGCACUAAUAUCCAAGAUGUCCGGUUUAGAAUGGAAACGUUUGUCCUAUGAGAUGUUCAAGGUAUGCGCAGCAAUCUUCUCCAGCAACACAUCUCAAAGGCAUCAAUUUUUUGGCGCUCGCAUGCGCGAAGAGUCCAAGUCUCUGCCCCGUAUAGAAAUAUUGAGAAUACAAGGGUAUUCACCAGUCUCAUCUUGAUAUUUUGAGAGAUAUAUCUGUCUUUUCAAACUCUAGUUGGGCACUCAUCGCAUUUUUUGCAUACCAAUACGUCUCCGAACUUCUACUUCACAGUUACCAUCGUUAGUUAUACUAGACCCGAGAUAGACAAAGAUGUUUACUAUCUAGUAUUUCUGUAACAUGUUAGUGAGUUGAAUAGUGUCGAAUCUGUCGACCACCAUUAUUUUUGUCUUAGCUUUAUUGAUUUUCAGACCAACUUUAUUGCUUUUGUACUCAACUCUUCGCAGGAGAUCAAACAUUUCUUGCUCAUUUGCUGCUAUAAGUGUAGUGUCAUCAGCUACUGUUACUUCACCGGCCCGUUCCUUCUAAAGCGAUCCUCAUGACAUGUUCACCAUAAAUGUUGAAUAAAUCAGGUGACAACAUGCAUCCUUGUCCAACACCUCUCUCGGUCUUGAAUUGGUUUGAGAACUUCUGAUCUAGUCGUACUGUUGCUAUAUUAGACUGGUACAGAUUUUUAAUAAUGUCACCAGGUGCAUUGGUGUGCCCAUUUAUAUUAAAAUGGACCACAGAUUUAUCCAGCUUACACAAUCAAAUGCUUUUUGGUAGUCAACGAAGCAUAUAAUCAUAAAGUAAUACUUGAAAUUCUCUAGACUUAUCAACGAGUUGUUUCAGGUUCAGAAUUUGUUCCCGUGUACCUUUACUCUUUACAAACUCCGCUUGUUCCUGAGGUAUUAUGUAGAUAGGUUUUAAAUCUGUUUUUGAUGAUAUGCAACAAGAUUUUACUAGCUAAACUAUAUGCUAGAAACAUAUUCUAAAGAUUAUUUCUCAAAGUGUUUAAAGAAUAAAAAUUCACUCGGAAAAUAAUCAUGGCAAUAAGUUCAAUUUUCAAUCUGCGAUCCCGAGACCGUAAGAGCCGAACGAGGUGCAAUGUGUGCAAAAAUUCAUCUGCCGAACGAGGUGCAAUGUGUGCAAAAAAUUCAUCUGUGCCGAACACCAAAUUAAAGUUUGUCCAGGAUGUUCUGAAAAUCAAUAAUGUUCACACAGUUAUUAAAAUUCGUUAGUUAUAUUUGUGCUAAAAAGUUGUUUUUAAUAAAUUCAUUCAAACAUUACUUUUUGACUUAUUUUUUAAUGGGGUGCUAGUGUACCCCAGGCUAGUGUAAGUGUAAUUUUAAAUGGGUACGGUUUAAAGGUUAAGGCUACUGAGGUGUUUAAUCAUAUACUAGAGGUUCUGAAAUCUUUAUAUCUAAAAAAUUAUUAUUAAUAAAAAAAAGAAUGUGUGUGUACUUUGUACGCACAUAAGAAGUUAUACUUCUAUUAUACAGGGUGUCUGCGUAACUUUGCACCAUAUGGGAAACUUUUUUAAUAUCAAUUUUACGAAAAAAGUCAUUCUUUA